AUGGAUGAGUCCCGUAUUCGGUAUGGAGUCCGUAUCUCUUUGGGUCCUGUCAAGGUUCCUGGAUGGUUGGGAAGGCGGAGCCGUAGCACUAGCUUGCUGAUAUCGCCGAAAAUCCGGGACCCUUCUGGGGAACACCAGCCGGGUAGGGCGUUCUAUGAGGACAUCUCCGUGUUCGUCCUUCAUCACGUGCCCAUUGUAACGAGAGGCACGGCGGUCAUUUCCGAGAUGCAUGAGGAUGGGGACGGGUUGUUGGAUGGGAAAGUGAGAAAGAGAUCCAAGCAGCCGGCUUCCAGAGCAGUGACAGAUGGGACGUCACGUCGGUAG